AUGGCGUCAGACUCUCCGCAAACCGCCUCCCCGCGCAAGGCUGAGCAGGAACAAAGCAGACCGACCGAUGAUGCUUCCAACCUUAAGCAAGAGUCUACCGAAAAUAAAUCGACUCCUUCUGAAGGCGACGACAAUAAUAACAACGGCGACAGCAACACCUCGCGACGAGAUUCGAGCUCUCCAGAGUCGGGCGAGGCCAGCUCAAUUGGCUCUCCCGCACUUGCCGACGCCCGCGAUGACCAUCCUGCCUCUCCUACCAAUGCGCCACCGCUCCCCAACGAGGCGCCGCCACUGCCCUCGGGAACUCCUCCAGCGACAGAAGAUGACGGCUGGGACUUUCAGUGGGAUCCGACAUCUCAGGCAUACUUCUUCUACAAUCGCUUCACGGGCGCGUCACAAUGGGAUAACCCUCGCGUGCCUUCAAAUCCAGCGACCGCCGGCGCAACUGUAGUACCGGCAGCCCCAGCAGCACCGGGCACGACCGCGAUCGCGAACGCGAACGCGACACCCUCGGGCCCUCCUCCCCUACCGACGAACGAUGCUCCCCCAGCCGGCGGCUACAAUCCAGCCAUUCACGGCGACUACGACCCGAACGCGUGGUACGCUAAAGGCAGCUCAGCCGAGGAGGACGAGGCGAACCAGACGUCCUCUGCGGUCAACGAAUACGGCGCGACCGCUCAGUUCAACCGCUUCACCGGCCAGUUCCAGACCCUGGACGAUGGCCCCGACCGCCAUACGGACGAAGCCAAGAGCCGGCGACAGAUGAACGCCUUCUUCGACGUCGACGCCGCGGCUAACUCGCACAACGGCCGGAGCCUCAAGGCCGAGCGCAGCGGCAAGAAGCCCAGCAAGUCGGAGCUCAAGCAAUUCAAGGAGAAGAGGCGGGCGAAGAAGGAAGAGAAGCGGAGGGCUUGGUUGCGGGAUUGA